AUGGACAUGCGGUUCUCAAACUCGUCGACAACGCCGUCUUUGCGUCGCCGGUACACGCCAUUGUGCGAGUGGGUGCGCUGCUUCGUUGCCUCGUCCUCGCUGUUGUUCUUGGUCGUUGUUAUUGUUGUCUGUUUGAAACCCAAGCUCUUGGAUGACAAGAUUCUCGACAGCAAGAAGAACGUCUCCAACCCAUCGUACGUCGCCGAGCCGUUUAUGUCCGGCGACUCGCUCCACGCCGUCCUUGACGGUGUCAUUGUGCCCGAAGAAGCCGCGAUCGAAGCACUCACCAAGUCGCUCAACAUUUUGGAGACGCCCCAAGAGCUCUGUGCCGACUCUAAGGACACGGUGACGACCGUGUGA